AUGUACGCCGACAUUCCUCGACGUUCAAGCCGUCGUCGUCCGGACCUUAACAUCGACACCUCUCCUCCCACCGGCCACUCCAGGUCGCCUGUCGCGUCGCGAGGUCGAAGCCGAGAACCAGCUCCUGCCGCCGUUCCCCAGACGCCGCCAAGCAACAGGAACAAGCUGCCGCCACCCACCUCGCUUUCCAAUCGCAAAGCCAGCUCGCGGGCGCUUAGGAGCCCCUCCCUCACUCGCAAUGCCGACGACUCUUUUCUAGACAACCCCGAUUCUCCCGAUAGCUUCGACAUGUCCGAGAACAAGGAGAACGACAACCCAGAUAUACCUCGACCGCGCGAUUCCCACGACCUGUCAUUGUCCCCGCGCAAUGUUACACGCGACUCUCUCAUGACGAAUAUGCUCAUAUCCCUCGACCAAUUUUCCAUGGGAGGACCUGUUGGCGGUGAUUUCGGAAACGGAAGGUCCAUGUUUGGCGACCCGUCCCAACAUAACCCGUACGAUACAGACGAUAACAUGCCGAGACCAGUUCGCGGCGGCCGGUCAAACGGCCACGGCUACUCUUACAGCUCCGAUUUCGACGCCGACGACGCGAGCAGGAUAUCAUCUCGUGGACGGAGAAGCAAUAGUAGCUCCAACUUCCAGAGCGGCCUGCAUCGCAUCAGCAGUAUGCGCGAGUCGAUGCGGAGCACACCCGGCACACCACGCCACAUGCAUUCCAGGGGCGGCAAGGGGAGCACCAAGAGCAGCAGCUCCAAUAGUAUCGACGCUGGCUACGCUCAGGUUCUCAGUAGCACGAGGUGGGCGUCCGGCUUCGGUGGUCGAUCCUCGAGCUUCGACUACGGCCAUCGUCCACCCGCUGCCCUGCAGGCCACCCAGCAACAGCAGCAGCAGCAGCAGCAGCAACAGCAACAACAUUACCAGCCUCAACCUCAACAACAGGGUCAAGCACCCUGGCACAUUGAAUUUUCAAAUACGUUUUUCAACGACGACUACGAUGCGGCCCCCACGCCGACGGUGCCUGGAGGGCCAAGACGCAUCGUGCCCCAGACACCCCCGACCGCCACGUACCCACGAUCGCCUGUAGCCGCUCCCGUGGCUGAUGACGAGCUGGAGCCGCCCGCCGUCAUUCUCGAGCGCAAAUCAACGAAUCGAUCGGCCAAAAGCACGGCAACGAGCCGCAAGGCCGACCAUAAAUCUAAUAACAAUCACGAGGAGGUGCCGCCAUUACCCGCGGCCGCGCCCGUUACCGAGCCCUCUCCCGUCCCCGCGCUCGAUAUUGACUCGGCACCCGCGCCACAUGUGGGCUAUGGCAAGACAAAAGAGGCCGUGCACGGAGCUCCGAUUCCGACACAUACGCCGUCACAAACAAAAGAAAAACCGGGGUUUUUCAGGCGAGUGUUUGGUUCGUCCAGAAACAAUGCCUCUAAUAACCCGCCCGAGACUCAAAAUUCCUCGGGCGUAACGUCGUCAACAUCUGUGGAUACGGCCGAUCAGAGAUCAGGGAAUCGAUCCCUCCACGUUUCCAACCAGAUGAAGCCCUCCACCUCCGCCCCGCCCUCGAGGGACACAUCUUCGUCCCAUUCCCAUCAUCACGUGCUGCAGAAGAAACCGAGCUCCUUUUUCCGUCGCAGAAAGAAGUCUGUGUCCGCCGACGAAGUGCCUCCCGUGCCAGCUACGGCUGCCCUCGAGCCGCCCAUGCCCCCUCUCGUCGCUCCCAUUCAGCUGCCCAUUACUAAGGACAAGCUUUCCGCGAAACCUGAGCCCAGCCCAAUCAGCAGCUUACGAAGGGUCAUGAACCCGUACCUUAAAGGCAGCCCUUUGACUCCAAACACGCCCAUCACUCCUCAAUCUGCUCCUGUACAAGCUACUGAUCUCGAAAUGGCUCCUGACCCGCACGACGAGGGAUCAGCAGAGGAGCACCCCCGCUCUUUCUCCCCAGAGUACGACCCAAGUCCCAACGCACGUAUUCGACAAGUCAGGUCUCGCUCUCGUGGCGAGGACCGCUCUCCCUCCGAUCAUGAACGCCGCACCGAUACUCCAACUCGACCGCCGCCUGAGCCUCCCGUAUCCAACGAGAAGAGGAACAACUCAUUCCUUGACAUCGAUGGCAGCGAUAACGAAGCCGAUACCGAGUCGAGACAACGGGGUAAGACAAGGAAAGAGAAGGGCCACAGGCAAGACAAGCCGUCCAAGGAAUCCUCUCCCUCGAGAAGGCCGUCCCAGAGAAGGGAUGACACCACCAUCAGAGGCAGGAAGACCAACCGUCUCACCGUCGACACGACGGAUUCUGAUGACGAGGGCAACAAAUCUGGACUGAUUCUGCCAAUCGAGGGCACUAGGUCUGCCAGCAGGACGUCAGGAUCUACCACUACCGAUUACAAGUCUGCUGCCAGUGCUGCCCCAAGCGUUAGAGUCGAACCCGAUAACAGCCCGAAGGUUCUGGGCACUUUCGAGUCCAUGAACGCAAAGCCUCUAGACGAGCCUGAGUUUGUCGUUGGAGACCCUACCGACGAUGAUCGCCAAAAGGCACAGAAAAUCUUUGAUGGUAACGAGGACUUCAUCCAGAAGGAGAAGGCCGCUGCAUGGAUGGGCGAGGAGGGUCCCAUCCGCCAGAGAACCCUGCGUGCAUACAUGGAUCUCUAUGAUUUUACCAACAAGAGCAUUCUGCAGAGUCUUCGUUUGAUCUGCGAGCGCCUGGUCUUCAGAGCAGAGACGCAGCAGGUAGAUCGUAUUUUGGUUGCAUUUUCUAAGCGUUGGUGUGAUUGCAACACCAACCAUGGGUUCAAAGCAUCUGAUGUCAUUCACACAAUCUGCUAUUCGAUCAUGUUGCUCAACACUGAUUUGCACCUGGCUGACAUCGACCAAAAGAUGACGCGAAGCCAGUUCGUCAAAAAUACCAUGACUACGAUCACUCAGGCGGUGGCCGAGUCAGCCCCCGAAGCUUUCGAACGGCCAACCAUUUUGCCCGGCAAGACCAACAGCUCUCUCGGAGGAGACGACUCCAGACCAUCCAUCGAGGAGAGGUUCGUUUCGCGCCGAUUGUCGUUCCGACCGCCGCCGAGAAACGAGGACGGAUCGUCAGAGUUCCACGACGAAUGCGGACCGCUGGUGAAAGCACCGUUCGACGGCUCGAUGCGUGCCUGGGAGAGCCAGGUCGAGAUCGUGCUGAAGGACAUUUACACCUCGAUCCGCGACGAACGCUUGCCGCUCUUCGGUGCGGACCCGUCGAAGAACUUGACGCCCACAACGAAUAGUCUGUCCGUGAUCGGCAUGCUGAAGCGAACGCCCAGCGUUCUGAAGCAGGUCACGACCUCGUAUGGGCAAUCCGGGAUUCUCUUCGUCGAGAACGAGCUUCGAGGACGGAAAUUCGAUUUGGAGCCCUUCGGCUUCGUCGGCGACAUGGAGCAAGCUCUCGCUGGGCAGAACGCAAACCUCGAUUCCAUCGGAUUUGCCAACGCCCUUAGCCAGGCCAUCAUCCGUGACGAUGAGUCAGCUUUCGGAAAGGCCGCCUCGAUUAUGAGCGACGAACUGAAGAGCGCUCAACUUCUCGAAGACGAGUCCCUCGAACUGGCCGGACCUCCAUGGGUAAAGGAGGGUAUCGUGAUUCACAAACACCAUCUGGACGGUAUUGACAAGAAAGCAAAGGACAGGCACUGGAAUGAGGUGUUUGCUGUAGUACAAAAGGGCCAGAUGAGCAUCUUCUCAUUCGGAACCGCCAAAUCUUCGGUGGGACGCAAGAGCCGCGGUCGCAAUGCCAAGGGCCCUGCUGUCGUUGGAGGUGGCAACUGGCAGGAUAACGCUACUAACCUGGGCACCUUUAGCCUUCGACAGACCCUGGCAUCUGCCCUUCCGCCCCCAGGAUACUCCAGAGCUCGGCCUCAUGUCUGGGCGCUGAGCCUUCCCAGCGGCGCUGUUCACCUUUUCCAGGUUGGUACCCCCGAAAUCAGCAAGGAGUUCGUCACCACGGCCAACUAUUGGAGUGCUCGCCUGAGCACCCAUCCAUUGGUCGGCGGUAUCAGCAACAUCGAAUACGGAUGGAGCGACGCCAUCAUCAACAACGCUCUGGUCACGGCCAUCAACGAGCAAGCAGCCGGCCAAUCACCCGGUCGCAACUCGCGACCCGGCAGUAGCACCGCCAACCCACGACCGAGCUUUUCGAGUGGCACGUUCCGCUCCGGCUCGAUCGACCACGGCUCAGGCGGCGCCUAUGGUGCUAGCAGAGGUGCGAAGCUGCCCGGAGACAGGAUCACCAUCUCCGAUUGGGCGCCGCCGGCGCAGUCCAUGCGGCCCAGUAACCUUCCCGAGGAGGAGCAACUCGAAAGCCUCACGUCGUACGUCAAGGGCAUCGAAGACGAGCUGCAGACGCACAACCAGCUGCGCAGCCCGAUGCUUCUGGCCUUCACUCCUCGCGGCAACAACGCCAACAAGGCCAUGGCCAACUGGGAACGCAAGAGCGCAUACCUCCUGCGGGAGAUUGUCAAGUUCCGCACCUACGUCGACUGCCUGCAGCAAGCCACGACCCGCAAGAACGAAAUCUAUUCGGAGAGAGACCUGGCUCGCAGAGCUGCCAGGGGAGAGCUGGACGAGGGCGAGAUUGAGUUUGACGUCCCACGCGACGCGACCAUCAGGGCGUGA